UGAAAUCACGCAACCACACCACCAGUGGAUGUUUCCGAACGCAGCCUACGAAGGUGCGACUGAGACACAUACGUUUUGAGUGGGUUUAAAGUUAGUGUAAUUUCAUCAAUAUUCAGAGAUAUUUGUGACGUUGCGCAUACUUAGGUAUGUGGGAACAAACCGUAUAAUGGAUGAACCUAUUGCAACAACUGAAAAAUCAAAAAAGAUAGAAGCUAUAAACAGAGAAACAAUUCAUCACAUCUGCUCCGGCCAGGUGGUGCUGGAUCUCGCGAUCGCAGUCAAAGAAUUAGUGGAGAACAGUUUAGACAGUGGUGCCACGGUAAUCGACGUCAAGCUUACUGAUUACGGUAAAACAUGUAUCAGUAUAAGUGACAACGGCAGUGGCGUUUCGGAACAGGACUUCGAAGGCUUAGGCUUGAAACAUCACACUUCGAAGCUUCGGGAAUUCACAGACUUAACCGAAGUGAAUACAUUUGGCUUCCGUGGUGAAGCGUUGAGCUCUUUGUGUGCUCUGUCCGAGUUGAGUGUCGUCACUAGACAUGCCACGAGCGAACAUGGUUUCAAAUUGGAAUUCGAUCGGAAUGGUGUUCUCACGAAGAAGGAACCGUGCGCCAGAGAGAGAGGCACUACGGUGCAUGUGAGGAACAUAUUUAAAAAUCUGCCUGUGAGAGCGAAGGAGUUUCAGAAGAAUCUGAAGAAGGAGUACGCGCGUGCCGUUCAAAUCUUGUACAGUUACUGCCUGGUCUCCACCAACAUCAAGAUAACAUGUUCCAAUUUGAUGUCAGGAAAAUCGCCCAAUCUAGUGGUGGCCACAAGGCAUACCGAUGACGUGCUGGACAAUGUCAAUUCCGUGUUCGGCAAGAAGUCCGUGGACGGAAUUGUUAAACUCGAGUUGCAGCCUCCGGACGAAGCGAUGCUGCAAGAAUACAAUUUGCAUAAUGACCCUGUUAUAGAUUUCGAUUGGGAGUGCUAUGUGAGUACCUGCGACCACACGAUUGGACGUUCCUCGCCCGAUCGACAAUUUUUCUAUGUAAACGGCCGACCGUGCGAUCUCGCGAAGAUCAGCAAAUUGGUUAACAACGUGUACCAUAGGUACAACAACAAACAGUAUCCGUUCGUCUUUUUUAAUAUCAAAUUAGACCGGCAAUGCGCCGACGUUAAUGUCACUCCGGAUAAAAGAACGAUAUUCGUUACGCAAGAACGUCUCAUAUUAGCGACAUUGAAAUUUAGUUUGAUGACAAAAUUGGACAAAUUGCAAAGGAAUUUUACGGUCAAAACUUUAACGGAGUUAAAUUUUGGCUUGAAAAGGACAAUCUCGCCUAAUCACGCGCAUCCACCAGCUAAAAGAUUACAAGUAUCAUCCCCUUCAGUAUUGCAUAUUACGAAAGAGAAUGAUAUUCAGACUAAUUUAAAAUCAAUGAAAAAACCUGUAGAUGUAGAAAUGGUAAUAAGUAUAGCAGCGAUAAAAGAAAAAUUAAAUGAGAAACAGAAUGUCGAUAAAGCACCUGCCAGUACAGCUAAAAGAAUAAAAUAUAGAGUACAAAUGGAAGCUAAUCAAAACGAGGCUGAAAAGGAAUUACAAAGAGAAUUGACAAAAGACUCAUUUGACAAGAUGGAGAUAAUAGGUCAGUUUAAUCUUGGUUUCAUAAUAGCUCGCUUGGAAGAUGAUCUAUUUAUUAUCGACCAACACGCUACUGACGAAAAAUUUCGCUUUGAGAAGCUCAGUAAUGAAACGAAGCUGAAAACUCAAAAACUUAUUAUACCAAAGUUAUUGAAUUUCUCUGCAUUGAACGAAACAAUACUUAUAGAACAUCAGGAAACAUUCGAAAAUAAUGGAUUUACUUUUAAUAUUAAUGAACAAGCUGAGCCUGGCAAGAAAAUUGAAUUAAUAGGAAUGCCCGUUAGUGGUAAUUGGCAGUUUGGUCAAGAAGACAUUGAGGAAUUAGUAUUUCUCAUUAGAGAAGCGGGAAAUGAAAACAAGUAUAUGUAUCGUCCAAGUCGUGUCAAGCAAAUGUUAGCGUCCAGAGCGUGUCGCAGCGCGGUCAUGAUCGGCACAGCGUUGAACACCAGUGAGAUGCAGAGGCUAGUAACGCAAAUGACGCAAAUGGAGAACCCGUGGAAUUGUCCACAUGGGAGACCUACCAUAAGGCACCUGUUAUCUUUAUUACUAAUAAACAAAUAAUCUGUGAUGUUUCGCGUUUUAUGAAGAUAUUUUGUCUUUAAAUAUAAGCAAAUAAUUCUUCAUCCACAAGUCCAUCUUUAAUUAUUAAAUUCUCAA